AUGGCAGACAAGAUGUCUAUCGAUAAGCACGAUCCCACCAAAGACGAUAGUGAAGACUCGCAGAUGGAGUCUAGUCCCGAGAGAGAAAGAGAGGGAGAGGCACCUGGUGGUGAGGCCAAUGGCCAAAAUACAGGUACCUCAACGAAAACCGUUGUUCCCCAAGAAAACCAACAGCCCAAGCGCAAAGGCGGCCGCAAGCCUAUCUACGCCACGUCCGAGGAACGGAAGCAGAGGAACCGUCAGGCUCAAGCUGCAUUCCGUGAGCGCAGGACUGAGUACAUCAAGCAACUUGAAGAUGCUAUCCGCACCCACGAGCAAAACCUUGCCAACCUGCAGGCUGCUCACCGACAUGCCGCUGACGAAUGCCUGAUGCUUCGUUACAAGAAUUCGCUUUUGGAGCGCAUCCUCCUUGAGAAAGGCAUCGAUGUUCAAGCCGAGCUCCAAGCCAAGACGGGCAGUCCAAAUCUUGGACCUACUCAUAUGCCCCAGAACUUGGUACAGCAGCCGCCGAUUCAGCGGGCUCUCCUGAACAGACACCAUGCCCGCAGAUCGCAGUCGAGCAUCGCUCCUAAACUCGAACCCGGGAUUCCUAUCUCUCCCCUGCCGCCUCCGGUUCAUUCUCACGCAUCAGCUCUAUCGCCCAAGAGUCGGCCAACACCACUAUCGCAUUCGGCCUCACCAUCAACAACAGCAACCUUUGGUUCCCAUAACGGCGCAUCACCGGUCACUUCCGACGGCAUGAUUCCCCCGAUUCGCCCGCAUCUCCCACCCGCCUCAGCAUUAAAGAUCCACCCGCCUUCGCAAUUGGGCAACGGAGUGCCCGGCCUAGCUCAGCAACAACGCCAGAUGCAGAUGCCCGGGCUUCAGCAAGGACAGAACCACAUGAGGAACAGCGUUGGCGGAAACACAAAUUCGUUCUACCCCACGCCUUCCUUCCAGAAUCACAUUGAACAACUCGGCAAGCUGACCCGCUCAUUCCGUAAUUCAGAACAGGAGUACGACGCCGCAGCCGAAAUGAUGGACGACCCCGGCGAGACCCCCGAUACUCCAAGCGGACCUGGCCCCUAUCCCGGCCAAGCAUACGGCGGCGACCCCCAAGCGAUGUCACUUUCGUCCCCUGUCACCUCCGGUCCUCAAGGAAACCAGCAGUCACCAAUCGAAAACGGCUCUCAUCAACAGCAUCCUGCGUACCCGCCAAUGGCCCAGCUUCUCGACCACCAAUACGACUUUGGCGAUCCUUUCGGUUUGAGUGCUAGCAUGGCUUUUCCGACACAGUUCUCGUUCGACACCAGCAACAUGCGGUAG